AUGGAGAUAGCAAAUGCUUCAGCAGGUGUCACGCUCCGUGAUGGCUCACUCGCACGCGCUAGUGAAGGGUUAGCUGCUUUACUAGCUUCGGCUCUGGUUAACACCCAGCUCCUGGCUCAGGAUCCCCUUGGGGCGUUUCUGAUCAAACCUGGAAUGAAAGGAGAUAGUCCCACCCAGUGCCCAUCACCCCCACCACUUGAUGCUGAAGGUGACGACGAUGACGACGAUGAUGGGGAUGGCGACUUAAGUGAAGGUGAAGGUGACGAGGAUUUAUCAUCCGAAGAUGGAGAUGACUACGCCAACAACCUUAACGACAAUAGUAAAAGUAAUUCAAAGAAGACUCCCGAGGGCGGAGCUGGUGGGGCAGAAGAGAAUGGGGAGGAAGAAGAAGAGUUUGACGGGGAGGAGGAUCAAGAUGAUGAUGGUGAUGACGAUGAUGAUAACGAUGACGGUGACGAUGACGACGAAGAUGACGACGGUGAUGACGAUGAUGAUGGUGGAGAAGACGAGGAUGAAGUAGCAGACGAGGAUGAAGAUGAGGAAGAGGAGGACGAGGACGAAGAUGAGGAAGCACUCCAGCCUCCCAAGAAGAGGAAGAAGUAA